AUGCCUACAAACACGAUCCUCGAUAUUGCAAGUGGAAGUUCCGAUUUUGAAAUUCUGACGGCGGCACUCGGUGCCUUUCCGGAUCUCGCGAAUGCGGCAGGUGACAAGAACGCAAGCCUCACAGUGUUCGCGCCAACCGACCAGGCAUUUCUGAAUCUGGCGAAUGCGCUCGAUCCAAGCGUGGGCUCGGACGAAUCCAAAGUCGUGCCGGCACUGAUUGCCGCUUCGGAGCUGCUUUCGCCUUCAGACGAUCCAACCUCCUUCCUAAAGUCGGUUCUGACCUAUCAUAUCGCCGGGGAUGCUCUGGAUGGCAGCGCCGUUGCGGGUUCCAAUACCGUUGAAACCCUCUCGGGCGAAACAAUCAAGCCGGACAGCUCACACGGUGGCCUCUCGCUUGGUGACAAGGACCCCGGCUUUGCCGAUCCCGCGGUGACCAACCCGGCAGGUUCGGAGAACGGCAUUAUCGCAGAAAACGGCAUCAUUCAUGUCAUCGACAAUGUCCUUCUGCCCUAUGACAUUACCUUCGCCAAGGGCGGGUUCCUGUUUACAGGACGUGGCCCUGACGCGGUCAUCGGUUCAGAUCACUUCGACUUCAUCUCUCUUGGGAAAGGUGACGACAUCGCCAACGGACUUGGCGGACAUGACAUCAUUUUCGGUGGACGCGGAUCGGACCUGGUCAAGGGUGGUGACGGCAACGACUACCUGUUCGGCGGUCGUGGUAAGGACACGCUGGAAGGGGGCGCUGACAACGACUACCUGAAUGGUGGACGCGGCAAGGACAUUCUGGUCGGGGAGGAAGGGAACGAUUUCCUGGUCGGCGGCCGUUCCGCCGACAGUUUCGUCUUCAAUCCUUUCCGUGAAGGAGAAGGCCACGACGUGGUUGCGGACUUCAACGCCAAGCGCGACAAGCUGGUGCUCGAUCUGAGGGACGGUGAUCCGGUCGUUCUGGAUGCGAUCGCCGCAACCGGUGAUCCGGGACUUCAAUUCACCGACCUUCUUGAAUUCGAUACCGAUCCCGUCGCAGAUGGCCUGCAGGCCGCCGUAUCCCUCGGCGCUUCCGGAGAUGGCGAUCUGCUGAUCACCCAUCUGACGGGUACGAUCGAACUCAACGGGAUCCCCUCCGGUGUCGACCCGGAAGCUCUUCUGCCGGCGAUCGAGUUCCUCGUGAACGACGAUCCUUUCAGCGUCUGA